CUUUUGCUAUGUUUGGCCUACUUUCAAAGACAGCUGAUUUCCCGAUGAAAGCCGGCAGUCUCAAAUCGUGGGGUCGGCAAUGGUUUAGGUUUGCUUGAUCAAUAAAUUAUUCGCUGCCAAGGAGAUAAUUCCGCAGGUGUUGAGACGAGACACCUUCCGUGUCGGGCCGCACGCAAAGCAGCACCAGGCAUGCCAUCACACUCGCUCCGGGCUUCGCAGCGAUGACAAACUUUUUGGAUCAAUUGCCUAAGCAUAUUAGGGAAAUUGCGGAGAGCGUCAAUGUUCUCACGCCAGAGGCCGUGUUGACGACGCCCAGGAUCAAGUUUCUGGACACCCGCACCAAAUCACUUUACACGCUGGUGCGUAAGUGCACGCCGGACGAUGUCCGCGUGCUGAAGGAUGCGGCGGCCAAGUGGCUAGCGGAGACCCCGCUGUCAGCCGAUUCCCUGUUCAAGCCACUGGCCAAUGUCAAAUGGUCACGUGUAUCUUUUGGCUGCUCUGCCCUGGAUCGCUGUACGGGCGGAGGCGUGGUCACGCGGGGUAUAACCGAAAUCUGCGGGGCCGCCGGCGUGGGCAAGACACAACUGCUACUGCAGCUCGCGCUAUGUGUUCAGCUGCCACUGAAACUUGGGGGCCUGGGCAGGGGAGUGGCCUAUAUAUGCACAGAGGAUGCCUUUCCGGCGCGCCGUAUGCUGGAGAUGAGCAAGGCCUUAGAGGCGCGCUACCCCCAGGAGCAACUGAACUUUCUGGGAAACAUUUUCGUCGAACAUCAGUACGAGAGCCAACCCCUUAUCAACUGUGUGAGCAAUCGUUUGCCGCGUCUGCUGCAGCAGCACAGCAUUGGAUUGAUCAUCAUCGACUCCGUGGCUGCCAUCUUCCGGCUCUAUACGGACUUUCUGGAGCGUGCCCGUCAAAUGCGCCGCCUGGCCGAUGCCCUGAUCAGCUAUGCGGACAAGUACAACUGUGCCGUGGUAUGCGUCAAUCAAGUGGCGUCCAGUGGCAGUGGCUUGGCGACCGGGUCGCUGCAGGAUGAAGUACCCUGCCUGGGCCUGCAAUGGGCGCAUCUGGGACGCACUCGCAUGCGCAUUUCGCGGGUGCCCAAGCAGCACCGGGUCACGGAUCAACUGCUCACAGUACGAAAGCUUGAGGUUGUGUACUCUCCCGAGACGCCCAACAGCUUUGCCGAAUUCCUGAUCACCUCGGAGGGUGUGGUGGAUGUGCCAGCAGAACUCCCCGCCCGACCACCGGCCAAAAUGCGACGCCUGUGAUUCAUUGAAUU